CCCCAAUUGGUUGCAUAAUAAAUUCCCUCCCUUUGCCCCUUCUCUGUGCAGUCUGCCUCCAACCUCAGCACUGGUCUCUGCGGAGCCUCUGCCCAUUCCUGGCAAGUCCUGAAGGACCAGAGUGUCAGCAAGCAGCAUGGCUACAAAAUGCGGAAAGUGUGGCCCGGGCUACCCUACCCCUCUUGAGGCCAUGAAAGGACCCCGAGAGGAGAUUCUCUACUUGCCCUGUAUUUACCGAAACACAGGCAUCGAGGCCCCAGAUUAUUUGGCCACUGUGGAUGUUGACCCGAAGUCUCCCCAUUAUAGCCAGGUCAUCCAUAGGCUGCCCAUGCCCUACCUGAAGGAUGAGCUGCAUCACACGGGAUGGAACACUUGCAGCAGCUGCUUUGGGGACAGCACCAAGUCUCGCAACAAGCUCAUACUACCCAGCCUCAUGUCCUCCCGCCUCUAUGUGGUGGACAUAGGCUCUGACCCUCGAGCCCCGAAGUUGCACAAGGUCAUUGAACCCAGUGAAUUCCACACCAAGUGCAACCUGGGCAAUCUGCACACCAGCCACUGCCUGGCCAGUGGAGAAGUGAUGAUCAGCGCCUUGGGUGAUCCCCAGGGUAAUGGCAAAGGAGGUUUUGUGCUUCUGGAUGGGGAGACCUUCGAGGUGAAAGGAACAUGGGAGAAGCCCGGGGGUGCUGCUCCUAUGGGCUAUGACUUCUGGUACCAACCACGACACAAUGUCAUGAUCAGCACUGAGUGGGCAGCUCCCAAUGUCUUGAGAGAUGGCUUCAACCCUGCUCACGUGGAGGCCGGGUUGUAUGGGAGCCACUUACAUGUGUGGGACUGGCAGAGUCAUGAGAUUAUCCAGACCCUACAAAUGAAGGAUGGGCUCAUCCCCCUGGAGGUCCGCUUCCUGCACGACCCAGCUGCCACCCAGGGCUUUGUAGGCUGUGCCCUCAGUUCCAGCAUCCAGCGCUUCUACAAGAAUGAGGGAGGCACCUGGUCAGUGGAGAAGGUGAUUCAGGUGCCCCCCAAGAAAGUGAAGGGCUGGAUGCUGCCUGAAAUGCCAGGCUUGAUCACUGACAUCCUGCUGUCCCUGGAUGACCGCUUCCUCUACUUCAGCAACUGGCUGCAUGGGGACAUUCGGCAGUAUGACAUCUCUAACCCACAGAAGCCCCGCCUUGUUGGGCAGAUCUUCCUUGGGGGCAGCAUUGUUAAAGGAGGCCCUGUGCAGGUGCUGGAGGACCAAGAGUUAAAGUGUCAGCCGGAGCCCCUAGUGGUCAAGGGAAAACAAGUCCCUGGAGGCCCUCAGAUGAUCCAGCUCAGCUUAGAUGGGAAGCGUCUGUAUGUCACCUCGUCACUGUACAGUGCCUGGGACAAGCAGUUUUACCCUGAUCUCAUCAGGGAAGGCUCCACGAUGCUGCAAAUUGAUGUAGACACUGUAAAUGGAGGGCUCAAGUUGAACCCCAACUUUCUGGUGGACUUUGGGAUGGAGCCCCUUGGUCCAGCACUGGCUCAUGAGCUUCGAUACCCAGGGGGUGACUGCAGUUCUGACAUCUGGAUCUGAAGGCUAGCCCCAAACCCCCUCCUCUGUGUUCUGAGCCCUCCCUUUGAAGAGCCUGGCUUCACUCUACUCUCUUGGCCCCAACUCUCCAAAGCCAUGCUGAGACUAGAGAGAUCUAUUGAAUAGCAUCUCACUACUGUUGCUUGUUGUUCAUUAUCCUAUCCUAAAUGAGCUCUUGGAAGCACAGAGAAAUAAAAUGUUGAAUGUG